CUUCUGCAUGGACUGCGCGCGAGCGUACCCGGAAGCUUGGUAGCAUUGAGAACGAUCGCCUGAAUAUACACCCUCGCAAAGCUACUUGUGUCCUUCUGUUAUAAGCCCGAGCGUAUGGCGCAUCCAGGCAUGACGCUCUCGAGGACUCCAGCUCUUGCAUCGCUCACUUGAGGCUAGGUUGCCCAUGAUCCGAAAGUAUCGCUGACUCCCGUGCAUGGGACCCGUACGCCGCUAUGCCUUCGUCUCCGCUGUGCGCGGCGCUCCAGGGUCCUCAGCGAACCAACCGCUCUGCGGUCCCACCUUAUUGCCUCCUGCAAGCUGCCGCGCUCCAGUCUAAUGCCCGCCCCAUCUUCGCUCAUCCUUCACACUUCGUCCCAUCACGUCACCUAGCCGAUCAAUAUACCCUAGACGAAGGUCGUAUAAAGGGUAGACGGUCCUCAGCAACUUUAUCCUGGUACUCUCACCGAACCCCACGACUGUCAAGCUCAGCACCAUCCGACAUGCAGCUCGUCACCAAAGUCUUUGCUGCGCUUGCGCUGCUCGCCGUCGCCGCGUCCGCUAUUCCUAUUGCGAGCGACCUCGAACUGGAGAGUCGCCCGGAUGUGAGUAGUUGUCCAUAUAUUUGUACUUGUUGCGAUCCUGACGCUGUAGAUAGGGCACGCUUAUUUGCCGCCGCGGUGACGAGUUUGUAUGCUGCACUUGCAUCGGAGCAUGAGCAGUGCGAGUCCGACAUUCCCUUCAUGUCUGAGGAUGGUUGACGUGGGCAGCGCUAUCCAAGGGGUACCGCAUUGUAUACGGGACGAAGGCCGUUAGGUCACUGUGAUCUACGACUCUCUCGGAACCGCCACACGUGCAUGUCAUGAGAAAAUCACGAGCCAAAAUAUACCAAUACUGUGGGGGCGGUCCUGGCAGGCUGGCACUUGCCUGAAACGGCCAUUCGAAGUUUCUGAAACAGACCUACGCAACAUAUUUACGCAUGCCGCAUUGA